CUACAUGAGUAGGUCUCCUAAUGCAUGCUCUAUCACUGACCGACCUGUGAUUGAUGGGAAUUUCGUCUGUCGUUUGGCUUCGUUGGCGACCUCAGACAAUGGACAGCGGGAAUCUCGGGUCUGAGGACCGAUCCGAGUAACAGCCUGUGCAGGACCGGGGAGCUGAUGUAAGCCAGAUACCCUAUUAAUUGUACGCAGCAAAUGAACUGGAUCAUCUGGUGGGAAGGACCUAGAAGUGAACUUACAUUGGUUUUGAAAACAAAGACAGUAUGAUCAGUGUGAUCAUAAUGCAUUUAACAUUAAAGGAAUAUGCUGCAAAGAAAGAAAGUGUUUACAGUUAUAAGAAUAAUAUCUCCUAGCUGGAAUCAAAAUGCACGAGCCAGGUGUUGAGGAGCACCCUUCCAAAGACUACAGUUAAUAUGUCAGCCAACUCAGGAGAUAGCUUGCCAACAUUACCUUGGAUAACCCCUGUCGAAUAGCUGGAAAAUGGAGCCGCCUGAAUCUGCUGUUGGCCUAAAAUAUUCAAUGGAGGCCCAAGAGAAGAAAGCACUUCAAAGUGUGUCUGAUUCUGAGCCCAACAUUAGCUCCAAAAGAAGCACAUUUGCUGAUUCCAAGCGGAAGGGUCAUUUGCAAAGUGAAGAGCUGCAAAGAUGCAUAGAAGAGGAGCCUUCUGGAAAAAAGUUAUCCUCUGCAGUUAGCCGGUCAUGUCAAGAAAAACAGGGCUCACAGCGAAUCCCCCGCACCUGCUCCUACCGAUUACGACACUCAAAUCCACUAGAAGCAGAAGAAGAGGCCAAGUCGCAUGCUGAACCAGAAGCGUUGCAGCCUGCCACCCCGGAGCCCCGCAGGGUUUUCCCUCGUAGGAACUCUUCAAGCGUGUCUAGCUCUUUCAGCCAGAGUUCUCAGGUAGGAACAGAAAAGCCAGAGGAUGUGCUCAGAAAGGAGUCAAAAUCAAAAAAACCCGGAAAGUACAUCUGCCACUACUGCGGCAGGGCAUGUGCUAAGCCCAGUGUGCUGAAGAAACACAUUCGCUCGCACACUGGCGAACGCCCCUACCCCUGUGUCCCCUGUGGCUUUUCUUUCAAAACUAAGAGCAACUUGUACAAACACAAAAAAUCCCAUGCUCACAACAUUAAAGCGGGCCUGGCCCCUUUUUCAGAACUAGCGUCGGCAUGUAAAAGUAUUGAUCAGGGUUCCUUAGGGGGAGAAGCAGAGAUAAAUUCUGAUUAUGAGCAGAGCACAGACACCGAUGAAGAGACUGCAGUGUUAUUGGACAAAAACAAUCCUGUGCAACACAUACAGCUCAGAGCAAACAAAAUCAUGCCGGGAGGAGAACUUGCAUGUACACAUCCAGCUGCUGAACUGAGAAUUGCCCCCAAGGAAGUGCCUACUGUUUUUGCCUCGGAACAGAUUAUUCCAUCCACAGCAGCUGACUGCCCCUUGUACACAGAUAUUAAGAUGUCCCCGAUGAGCUCUCUCAAAAGCAGUGGGGAGGAGUUUCCCACUAUUAAGCAGAAACUGGCUCUGAGGCUCACUGGUAAGAAUGGGCAGGACUCCGAACCGUCUAUGAACCUCCUGAGUCCGCAUAGCAAAGGCAGCACAGACUCAGGCUACUUCUCCCGCUCGGAAAGUGCAGAGCAACAAAUCAGUCCACCAAACACGAGCGCCAAAUCUUAUGAGGAAAUUAUGUUUGGAAAGUUUUACAGACUUGGCCCUAGGUCUAGGCAAGCCAUUGCAGCUGAGAUGCCGGUGGCCACUGGCACAGACAUAAAUAUAAUUAACUUAAAGGACAAACCAAACAGAAUGCCUGAAUCAGGCAUGGGUGAGAUUUCCGAGUGUCAUAAAUCCCAUCAUUACACAAAAGACAGUAUGCUGAAGCACCCUAUUUAUCAAAAUGUUAACACAUGUAUAAGAGAUGAUGUAGAAUCACAGACGAAAAUAUACUGUGACCCAAAACAGUAUCCUGCAAAUUCUGGCAAAACCAACGUUGACUUAGUGGAGAGUGUUCUUGAUACCGGGUUGCUUGUAAGAAGCAACUCAGUGCCAACCUCACCCACAGCGAACCUCGACACCCCUCUGGCAUUACAAGCGAGCCAUUCCUUUGACGAAAGAAUGACCUCUGAUGGUGUUUUUUAUCGGAGUUCUGCAGGUCUGAGGAGGCUUAGGAGACAAGCUGCGUUUGAACUUGUGGCCCAAGAGGGGAAUAUUGAAUCUGGAAGCAUUUCCAAAAACGUUUCGCUCUCUGCUGGGAGUGCACAGUUAGAUGAAAGCUGUCCUUCGGUGUCAUACUCUGUUGGAGUCGAGGGUUUCCAUGAUGCUCAGGUGCAGGCGAUGCAUCAGAAGCAGGUCACAGAAACUGCCACCAGAAAGCGCAGGAAGAAGAAGAGCAUUGGUGACGAAGAGGACAUUACUAACCAGCACGGUGCUGACUUUGAUGGCUCUACAGAAAUGCAAGGAUCUGACUAUGAUUCAAAGGAAAACCAGGACACUUUUAGAAGUGCUCCAACUGGAAAAGGACAACUGUACAGUAUGCACAGAGAAUCAGAUAGUUCGGUUAUGGGUACAAGCAUGGCUUCAGACAUUACAGUGUUUGUUCCAGACUCCGAGAGGAAGGUCGGAGGAAACGUAAUCUCAGUCAUCCAGCAUACUAACUCUCUAAGCAGGCCUGGGUCUUUUGAAAAGUCAGACUCAGUUGACCAGCCAAGCUACGCGUACAGCCGACUCACCAGUCAGUAUUCUGAGCAGUCUGACUCAGACAAACCUGAGGAGGUGCAAAUCUUGAAUCAGAGAUGGUCUGGAAGCCUGGAGCAAACACACCUGCGGACUGGCUACGAAUUUGGAGAGCAGCAGGGUCGGAUGCUGCAUAAACUGGUUCGUCAAGCUAAUAUCCAAGUGCCUGAGAUCAGGGUGACAGAAGAGCCAGACAAACCAGAACGGGGGCCAGAUGCACCGAUGAGGGAACCUGAGAGGGUUGUGGAGGAGUUCCAGUGGCCGCAGAGAAGCGAAACCCUGUCUCAGCUUCCUGCAGAGAAAUUGCCUCCGAAAAAGAAGCGCCUGCGCCUGGCUGAAAUGGAACACUCCUCUGGGGAAUCCAGCUUCGAAUCGACCUGCACCAGCCUUUCCCGGAGCCCCAGCCAAGAAAGCAAUUUGUCUUACAGUUCCAGCUUCUCAAUGUCAUUUGACAGGGAGGAAAGCAGUAAGUCGGCCUCCCCAGCCAGGCAGGACGACUUUGGCAAGCAGCCCGAGUUCCUGGCUGUGCCGGGCAGUGGACGCUCCCCCUCUGCACGUGCCCAGCCCCGGCAGAAAGAGGUGCGGCGUUCAUCUUCAGAGCAGGGAGCUUGCUCACUGACUCCUGUGAUCCCGGAGAUCCGCAGCAAGUCGCUCGACUAUGGAGGUCUUUCUGUUUCACCAAGCCCAGGGGACAUCUAUACCAGUGCUUUGACUAUGAAAGAGCGGAGACGAGGUUACCUUAUAAGGCAAGCACCCUUAAACGUUCACCCUGAAUAUAUAACGCAACACAAAGGCUUUGAUAUAAACGAUAAGGAGAGGCAACUGGAAAAUAGCGGUUCCUGUCAACCGCAAUCUACUUGGCGUGCAAAUCCUUCAGCUUUGACAGAAAAACCUCGUAGUGCUCAAGCUCAUGAUUCGGAUCCAUCCAAAAAAGGUGAGGACAGCCACCAAAUUGGCCUUUGGUUAAUGCAAAAAACAUCUCACUUAUUUGUCCAACAAGGUUUAGAAAGUGAGCGACUCUUACAUGAAUUCCCAAGCCAAGCCGUAACAUGGUACCCAUCGCUUUGCAGCAACGUAGUGCAAUCCUCUCUUCUGUCACCACCAGUCUGGCAGCCUAGUUCACAGAAGGGCCACCAAGCAUCACAUGCUCAGCAGCAGUCAGCACAGGGGCACAGUGAAAAGGCAUUUGGUUCAGUAACUACUAAGAGUCACCACUCAUUACCAAGGGUUUCCCCAUGGAAUCUUAGUGAUCUCCUAUCCAAAGCGUUUUCAACAAACACAGGACAUUUAGAACCAGUUCAGACUAUCUUUGCCAGCCAUAAUGCAGGUUCCCAACCACCGUUUCCAAGUACAUCCGUUCCUGUCCGAACUCAAACGCCCGUGCCAUCUUGCAGCAGUGUUAUGUAUACUACUGUAUCACAAAUAGUUGUCACUCACUCUGAGAGUAUCAGUUCAACUAUGGUCAUAUGUAAAGUCACAGAUAAUCAUUCUCAGAGUUCACUCAUGAUUACGGGUACAAAAGAUGACAUCGGCUUCUGUUUACCUCACAUAUUAGACAGUUCUAGAGAACACAUAUACUGUCCAUCAUGGAAUGUUCCAGAGCCUGUGCCAGGGGGAAUGAAAACAGGAAUUCCUCUGACUCUAACUUCUAGAACUAUCUCAACUACUGAUGCCUCAAGUACUGGAGGAAAUAAGCGCAUACUGUCACCAGCGAACAGCCUGGAGCUCAUUAUAGAAACCAAACAGCAAAAACGAGUCAAGGAAGAGAAAAUGUAUGGUCAAAUUGUGGAAGAGCUGAGCGCUGUUGAACUUAGUAACUCCGGUGCAACAAAAGGAAACGGGAAGUUCCAUAAACUUGAGCCUAAGCAUAUCAGUGAUGUAGGUGAUGGCCAGGAGGUUACGCCAUCAUCUUCUCUGUUAGCCUCCUCUGGAGCUCCUUUACAUCUAUCUGAACCUUAUUUUCAAGAGAUGGUAGAUACAACUAUGCGUGCAGAAUCUCCUGAGAAUCUGGAAGUUGAUGAAAUCAGCCCAGCGAGCACACUCUCUGCAAGUGAAACGCAGGAAGAGAUUAAUGACAACAUGGACAGUAAGACUCCACUAGACAUGCUAGUUGAGAUAGCAGCCAAUCGGGCUAGGACCAUUAUCGGUAGCACUAUUCUGCUUACUCACUCUGGAAACAAUAAGCAGUUCACUCAGUUCCCAAGUCUUCGUACAUCCACCAGUGUGAGUUGGUGUUUCCUGAAUUACACCAAACCAAAUAUUGCUCAGAUGACAUCUGUUGCGUCGGUCUAUGGCUCAUGGUUUGUGAGCUCUCAUAACCCAAACCCACCUGACCUCAACACCAAGACCACUCUAGCAUUGCUUUGUUCCAAGCAGAGGAAGACCACAGAGUCAUACACAACAGCCUCCAUGUAUGAUCCUGGGAGCGGAAAAGUAGUAUCAUCACUUUUGUGGAAACAUGCCUUUGAUCAGGGGAAGCCAGAGCUCAAGGAACCAGAAGUGAGCAAGUCUGAGAAGAAAUUGAAAGAGAGUGGUGGCAGAGACAGAACGACCGAGGUUCACAAGCACAAAGAGGUCUCAUCAAAGCAAGCUGAACCAAGUCGCAUCAAAAUUUUUGAAGGAGGGUACAAAUCCAACGAAGACUAUGUUUACGUGCGGGGCCGAGGUAGAGGGAAAUACAUCUGCGAGGAAUGUGGAAUUCGCUGCAAGAAACCGAGCAUGCUGAAGAAACACAUCCGCACGCACACGGAUGUGCGGCCCUACGUUUGCAAGUUCUGCAAUUUUGCCUUUAAAACUAAAGGCAACCUGACAAAGCACAUGAAGUCAAAGGCCCACAUGAAGAAAUGCAUGGAGCUCGGCGUGUCUCUGUCGUCCGUGGAAACCGUGGAAGUUGAAGAAGCUGACAAUACUGACGAUGGACAGACGGUCUCUUGGAAGAUGCGUUCGACUGCCGUCAUCGCAGAGCACCAGUUCUCUGACGCCGACGACUCUGAUGGGGCGGAGGAGGAAGGCGAUGAAAACGAUGAGGACGACGACGAGGACGACGAGUACGAUGGCGACUCCACGCCCAGGACCCGUUCCAGAAGCACCAGCCCGCAGCCCUGCGGUACCCCCUGUGCGCCCGUCACAGCUUCUGCUGCGUCCCAGAGGCCUGCUCCUGAUCUUCCGGGCCCUGCUUCAAAGAAGGCAUCGUUCUUCAGCCUACCGAGCAUCGAGGCUCAACAGAAAAGUGAGACUCGUGCUGUGGAGUGUCAGAGGACUCUGCAGGGGGCGCUGAGCGAUGAGUCCUGGAGAAAUACCACCAGUUCCUCAGAUAAACUCCACGCAUCGUCUGUGGAAUUCUCACCUGGUCUGCCCUCUCCUGGCUGUGAUUCCUCACCCCAGCGGGAGUCCUCUCCUGCUCCUCAGAGGUGCCUGUGUCCCUCGAGAGAACUGCCACACCAGGGGACACUGAGGGUGCAUGUUUCUCCCAAAAAGAACACCUGCACUAGGAGGGGCCUCUCUCCACGAGGACAUCCCUCAUGCGCCUCGCUCCCAAGGCCUGUGUCACCUGGUAAGGACAUCACCUACAGACGAGAGCUGUCUCCCAGGAGCCGGCACAAAGGAGCCAUCAGGCCUGUAUCUCCUCGUAGAGGAACACAUCACCACAGCGCCCCCUGGGGAUCAGGACAGCAUCUACACUCUGAAUUGCCCCCAUAUGGAAAGACCAGUGAAAGUUCCCCUGAAGUGGAUAUGGAUCCAAAGAAGAACUCACAAACCCUGCAGCCUCCUGUGGAAAGUUACCGUGGUCAGGAAUGCCCGGGGAUCCAGCAAGGCCUCUUUAGCCACCUUCCCCCACACUCCCGGCUGCAGGUACAUACGCUGGUUCCUGUCGUUCCCAUUGGGGGGAUCCAGAUCGUGCACGCUGUCCCUCCUUCUGCAGCGAGUCCACUUGGAGGUGUGCCAUCAGAACCCAGCCCCUCCAGAGCUUCCUCACACCUUUCUUGUGAGGCUGGCAGUAAAGCCCUAGGAGACACUUCCAGGGAGCCAGAGGAGGCUGGUGCCGGGCGGUCACGGUCCCCCCAAGAGUCCCAGGAGGACAUGGGAGACACUGCGGAGAAGGCUGAUACCCCAGAUGAAUCUGUACAGAGCUGUGUGAAAGCCAUCGCCUCCCUCAGGAUCAGCUCGGGGGAGUCCCCAGCGCAGCCCCCAAGUGAGCUGAGCUCUCAUCCUCAUCCAGCCUCCCCAGAAACUGAACAGGUCAAAGGUUCAAGACUCUAGUGGUUCCAACAUCAUGGAGUCACUGACUCCACUCUCAGUAUCUGAGAAAGACUGGCUGCACCCCACUAGACCUGCUGCCUUCUGCGGUAAAACUUUUGGGAAUUAAAUACUCCGAAAUGACCGUAGGUCAUUGCUAAUAAGCACAAGAAUAAGAUUACAGAUUGAAAAAAAAAAAAAAAAAAAAACUGAAAAAGGUGGAUAUGAAGCCAGGAAAUCCAUAUAUAAUAUAGACAAUGCAGGUAAGAAGAAUUCUCUGCAUAAACACAAAGACGAAUUUUGUAGUUUUAAUGUAAGUACUGUAAUGCAUGUCUUUCUAAGCAUUUGAUUCCACUAAUUUAAAUUUGAAAAGUGAUUGUAUAAGGGUAUACUGUAUAUACAUGUAGGUCACUUGGCCAAAAGAGUCAUGGAGCUGUUUGUCUUCUCUGCUACUUCAAAAUGUAAAGAUUUCUGUGCCUCUUGUCUUUGUUCUGUCAAGUCUAUAUUCCAAAUGGAAGGCUGUAAAUAUAUCAGGUCUGUGUAUCCUCUUUGUAAUAAAUGUAAUUUACCUUCUUUGUUGGACAUGAGUUUGAAUGAUGCUAAGUGUCAAUACACAUAAGGUUGCACUAAAACAUAUUUUUACAUGAAUGAUGUCAAAGUAUUUUUGUGUACAGCUCCAACACCGAAAUAAUAUUUGCUAAAUGUAAGAUACUUACAGUAAUUGUACAUUAUCCUUAAUGUUGACCCUUUGUUAUGUAUGUUCUCCAGGCUUGAACAGAAUAACAAAUAUGUAUAGUGUAAAAUUGCUUUAUGUAUCAUAAAUGUAUUGUAUGUAUAAUGGGUAGAACUUUUUAAUGUUUUCUGGGUUGGUUACAAGUAAUUUGUAGAACACAGGAGAAGCGUAUAUGUACUGUACAUGACACUUUAUUGGGAAAGCCGAUUGCUUAAGGUAUGUCCAGGUAUUUGCACUUAUUAAUGUAAUAUGUAAUGGAAUGUAAGUGGUAGCAUUUUCAAUGCUUGUUGUUAAAUGCCUUUAAAAAUGCAAAGUAAAGGAAGUGUCUUUUCCUGACUACAAUGGCAUGAUCUUUAAAGGCAUGAAUUGCUGUAAGUGAGGAAAAGACAUUGUUUCAAAGUGUGUUAGCCUUAAUUAGCCCCCACCCACACCACCCUGCUUUCCAUCAUGCGGUUGCACUCACUGAUACGUUUUUAUUUAUUUGUAUAUAAUUACGUCCUUGUAUUUGUAACCUGGAAUUUACAUUGGUUAAAUAUUUGAAGAUUUCAGAGGUCAGUCACAGAGACAAACAGGACACUACCAAUACCCUCAGAAUAUCAGAUUUAAGUUCAACUGAAACAUAUAUAUUUUCCUGACUUGCUUAUUUCUCUAUUAUAUAUAGAAUUUUGUGGCUCUUGCUUUGUAACCUGACUGUGCAUUACUUCUGUAUCGCUGUAUUAAUAAAUGGAAAGAAGAUAAACC